CAUGUCUCUGAAGCUGUGCUACUGGGAUGUACGUGCCAUGGGGGACACCUCACGUUAUCUCCUCCGGUACUCCGGGCUGGACUGGGAGGAUGACAGAUAGCCAUGGUUGAUGAGGGUUUCAAGCGGUGGGCCGAUGAGAAGUUCGAGUCGGGGUUGGACUUGCCUAACUUACCUUAUCUGAUAGACGGAGAUAUCAAGGUUACACAGACUGUGGCUAUCUGUCGAUAUCUUGGUAGGAAAUUUGGACUGGUUCCAGGAGAUGACGAGAAAGAUAUUGUGAAGUGUGAGAUGAUAGAACAGGAAGCUCAUGAUCUCCGUACUGCUUUUACAAAGAUAUGUUUUGAGAAGGAGGAUUACGAGGGGAAGAAACCGGCUUAUCUUGAUGGCAUGGAGAAGAAAUUAGAGAUGUUAGACAAGUAUAUCGGAGACGGACCUUUUGUACUGGGGGAGAAACUGACCUACGUAGACUUCAUGGUGUAUGAAUACGUGAGCCAGAUAAGAAAGAUGGCCCCAGAGCGUGUUGAUUCAUUUUUGAACCUUGGAAGACUUCUGAAGGCUGUUGAGGAGCUUCCUCAACUUCAGGAUCACUUCAACAGUGAGCUCUACAAAACCGGACCAAUCCAUCCUCCCUUCGCUAAUUUUACAGGCUUAGAAUAGGAAAAUGUUUAUAUCUAAUGUUCUUAGAAUUUUAUUAGAUUUUAGGGGUAUAUUAUCAUUGUAUUGAUUGUUUUUAGGACAUGGUUUUUGCCAUCGUUGUUAAGUUACUACUGACCCUUCACAUGUUAUCAAAC